AUGCCAGUCAAGCAGUAUACCGACGAUAUAGAAACUGACAGCAAUGUCAUUCCAGACUCACAGAUCAAUUAUGAUGAUGCCAUUACAUACUGGUCCUCAGUGCCACCUUCAGUCGAUGGAGUAUUAGGAGGGUUUGGGGAACAAACGCCAGUGCCAAAAGUUGAUAUCGUAGGAUCGCUCACAUUCUUGCGCAAAUUAUCAUCUCGAAUGAAUAGUGGUGACCAGCUUAAAUACACUAUUGAUAUGGGUGCUGGAAUUGGAAGAAUAACCCGCGAUCUCCUUUGGAAGGUUAGUGAUAAAGUUGACUUGCUCGAACCUGUUAGACCGUUUGUGGAACAAAUGCCUGUUGAAUUGCAACAGGUUGAGCUACUGGGGAAAUUAGGACAGAUUUACGAUAUUGGUAUGCAAGAAUGGGUGCCUGAUAAAAAAUAUUGGUUGAUUUGGUGCCAAUGGUGUGUUGGUCAAUUGCCCGAUGAUGUAUUAGUUGAGUUUUGGAAAACAUGCCGUAGUGCAUUAAUUGACAAUGGAACUAUUAUAGUUAAGGAAAACAUUGCACCAAUAGAAGACAUAUUUGAUGAAACAGAUAGUUCAGUUACCAGAACAGACAAAAAAUUUAGAGAAUUGUUUAUUAAAGCAGGAUUGAAAUUGAUUGCUAGUGAUGUACAAAAGGGAUUACCAAAAGAAUUGUACCCUGUCAGAAUGUACUGCUUGAAAGCGCAAUAA